AUGGCAGCUCCCGCAAGCAGAAAAGCAAGCAUUAGGUCAGAACUCAACGUUGCGUUGCAUGCCUCUCGAAAACCGGUGCUGCGAUUCACGGCAGAAGAAAAAUCGAUGUUGAUAAGCUUCGUUAAUAAGUACAAGAAAGUCAUAGAAUGCAAGAAAAGAGAUGUGUCUCUGAGUGCGAAGACGCAAGCAUGGAAACGGCUGUGCACGGAGUACAACGCCCAGCACGGCUUAACUACUCGCGACUUCAAACAAUUCAAGAAGUGCUGGGGAAACCUAAAACAGAAGUGCACGGAAGAAAAGUCAGAAGAGAAGCGGAAUAUUUUGAAGUCGAUCGGGCAGCUGAAGCGGCGCUUCCACUGUUUGCUUGGGGAACUGCGAAUGGCACCUCACCGGUGCUCAGCUGUCACCGUCCCCUGCUGUGUGCUGCACAACAUUGCCAAGCUGUACGCAUGCACUAGUGAUGAUGAAUGCCUGCUUCCACCAGAGGUGCCAACUCCUCCCAGUGACAUGGCUGAUGAUGGCAACACAGUGCGAAAUGCACUAGUGCAGCAACACUUCUCUCAGUGGCUGCUUCACCUCUUGCUGCUGGCGAUGGCGCUGGAAUGGUGGCUACUGCUGCUCCCACCACCACUGGUUCCAGGACAGUGUCAUUGUUCAAAGACUACGCGUCAUCUUGUUGUGGUGGGCUCCCUUGGUUGCCAAAUUCUGAGCCAGCAGUGUCCCCUUCGGCUUCUGUAUGAUCCGAUGAAAGAGCUGAGCAAUCCUGACAGUCAGCUGCAAGAUGCAGUAAUGGAAACAGGAAGUGACGGCACAACCACCCCGCUGCCUCCUGAAGCAAAAAAAUUGCUUGGUGCGUGUGCAGCCAAUGAUGCCUCGAGCCAGCCACCCCAUGCUCCUUGUAGUGAUGGUGCAGACUCCACCAGAAAAGACAGUGCACCACUCGACGCUGUGCCGGUUGCGGUUGCUACUACAAGUCCAUCUAGUAGCAGAAUGGCGCUAUUUGAAAAGACUCUUUCGGAGGAAAAAGACAUUCGCGUCAAUGUAAUGCGCGAGGAGCAUGAACUCCGGAUGAGGCUUUUGCAGGAGGACCAGGAUGACAUAUUAAAAAAAAAAAAGCAAUGAAAAGCAUGAACUAGAAAUGGAGAUUUUGCAAGCGCGAAAAGAAGUACAAUUGCGUAAAGUGAUGGUAUUACGCGAGCAAUAGACGUGGAGUGAAGCGAG